AUGGGUUCUAGCAAUUCUUAUAGUUUAACUCAAAACUUUACCAACCUCUUGAAUAGCCAACAAGAGAUGAAUAAUCCAGAAUCUCUUCCUUCUUUUUCUCCUCCUAUUCAAAUAAGCUCAUCACCUAUCCCUCAGUCCAGUUCACAAUUUAGUGAUGCCCUAGAUGAUAACACAAGAGGAGCUAGACUCAGAUGGACUCCGCAAGAAGAUGUUGUCUUGAUCAAUGGUUGGUUAAACACUAGCAAAGAUCCAGUCGUGAGCAAUGGGCAAAAGCUAGGUUCUUUUUGGGAUCGAAUAGCAUUCUAUUAUGGAGAAAGUGAAGCAGUAGCGGGUAAACCAAAGAGAGGAGCCAGUCAAUGUAAGCAGAGAUGGAAAAAAAUCAACGAGACUAUCAACAAGUUUGUAGGAUGCUACAACCAAGCUUCGAGUUGGAGAAGUAGUGGCCAGUCUGAAGAUGAUGUUCUCCAAAUGGCAAACGAGUUGUACUUCAAUGAUCAGAAAUUGAAGUUCAACCUAGAGCAUGCUUGGAGGGAGCUACGCCACGAACAAAAGUGGUGUACUUCUAAUGCUUAUAGAGGAUAUGAAAACUCCAAAAGAACUAAGCUUGAUGUGAGUGGCACAUACUCCUCAAGCUCAAAUACAACAUCUCGUGUUGAGGAAGAAACUGAAGAACGCCCUCCAGGUAUUAAGGCAUCCAAAAGCAAAACAAAGAAAACUGCUUGUGGUGAAGCUACUCAAGGUGAUUCCUUGGAAAAGUUACAUCAGGCGUGGGAGAUCAGAGAGAAAGAAAUAGCUGCGAGAGAAAGAAUAUCAAAGCAGCGACUUCUAGAGACUCUUGUCGGUAGAACUGAUCUAUCCGAACCUGAACUCAACCUGAGAAAGAAGCUAGUAGAUGAGAUGUUAGGAUAA